AGGGGGAAAAAACAUAAAAAACAUUGUAUGUAGAGUUAUUGUAAUAGUCACAUAAAAGAAGAAAGGGCAGACACAUAAAACAUACAUAAUUAUGUUACUCCGACCCCUAGCUGAAUAUUACGGAUUUAAAAUGAACAGCAGAAGUAAUUCUAAACGAAAAGAUGCAGACGAAAUUAUUUACAGACAAUGUCACAGAUAUAAAGGAUCUAAAUUUGUUGUCGUGAUAAGUGUGCUCGUGCCAUUGUGUGCAGUUCUCACGUGCCUUGACUUAUUUAUGGGUCACGUCAUAUAUCAGGAUAUAUGUUACACUCUGCCACUUAUAUCAAAUGCUCACAUUAAAGAAUUAGAAGUAUUUUGCGAUGAUCUGUCAUUAAGUCCAGAUGAGGAUUUUGAAACAUUCGACUCGGGAAGUAAAACUCGACUUAAUGUGUCGGUGAAUACAGAAGGAAAAUAUAUUUGCAGAAGUAAAAAAUUCGGGGAUCUUGCUAAAAAGGUUAUUGAAAGAAAUCUAAGACAUCAUUAUGCAAAAGGUAAAGAACAAAUACCAUACAUGUCGUGUGGAAAUAGAAGUUUGGCGCCUAAAUCCGGUUACAAUACAGUGGCUUUAACAACAAUAUCAAAAACUGAGAAGAUAAAUGAUGAUGACAAUGAAGCGGUUCUUCAUUGGGAACACGAAAACAAAACUGGGAAUAGUUCUGACGAUUUAGUACGGAUGUAUAAUAACGCCGAGAUAACGGUGCAAACAGGACAGACGUACGUGAUCUAUGCGUCAGUAAAUAUCAAUAUUAGCCUUCAAAAGGAACACGAUCACGUGCAAAAAGACAGAAGACGAUUUUUUACACUUAAAGUUUGCAAAAGGACACACGGAUACGAACAAAUAUUAUUAGGAGAAACAAAACAGUUUAACAGAGAUUGUGAAUCCGAUAUUGUUUCAACUGUAAGGGUAAUGGGUCAUAUACUUUUAAGAAAAAAUGAGGUCAUUUACACCAAAGUGUCACGUGCUGAUGACGUAAUGCAUAUGUCUAGGGGAAAUACGUUCGGUAUGUUUCCGUUAAGUUCAAGCUAGAUCAAUGACAACCCUUUAAAGGAAAUAACAAACUAACAAAGGUGGCCACAUUAAUUAGUAUACAUGUAUUGAAAUACAUGUAGUUUUAAUUAUUAUAAUAUCUUAGAUGAGCUGUCAUUUCACAUAAACCACAAGUACUUGUAUAUGCAUGAAUUAGAAUGCACCUUGUGACCUAGAGUAAGUUUAAUAUGAUUAAUUUGAAAUAAAUGAAGGCGAAUAUAGGCUUUUUUUCUUUUUUUUUCUUUUUUUUUUAAGUUGCGGCUUUAUAUAAAUUAUAUAUUAAACAGAACAUAACCGAAACGCAGCUAAAUAUCGUAUGGCGGACCACAUUUAUAUUUAGACAUAUUUCUAAUUUAUGCAUUUCAAUUGGAGAACACGAAUGCUUAAACUAAAACAUGGGUUGGUUGUCCUCAUUCAUGUGCUGCCAGGAACCCUAAUCCAGUUCUUGUUUUAUAAGUGACAAGACAGUGCAAUUUAUAGUCAGUUACGUUGAUUAAAGUACUGUUAUAUUAAUUUUGCUUUGGAAAGAUUGUCAAAGGUCCCUCGCGUUCCAUAGUGCAAUUUGAAUUUACAAUGAAACACACUUUACAACAAUGAUUUUUUAUUCUCCCCGAAGGGAGGGAGGCAAAUAGUCGCGUACGUCCAUCUAACCGCAUUUUCUUGUCUGUUACAUAUCUCUGAAACUACAAGAGGUUUCAACAAGGAACUGUGUAGGUAAAACAGAUCUCAUUUAGUAGAAGUGCAAUGAAUAAGAACCGUGACUCUGCCUUGCCUUAUUUUGGAGUUAUUGCUUUUUUUCAUUUUUACACUUUGAACUUGGUCGUUUGACGAAAAAUAUUUUGAAGAAUAUGACAAUUUUAGUCAAUGUAGCAAAGUUUCUUUGAAUCAUUUUAAAAUGACUGUUUAUUUUGUGGGAUUUUUAGUCAUGCCGGGCGACACUGUAACGGUCAAAUGCCGACUCUCCAGCUUUACUAGUGUCCCUUGGUGCAUUAUUUAUAAGCGCAAGCUGGCGCUUGAGAGCCACCGGCCUUACAGCUUCUUUUCAUUAAAUAAUCUAAAGUCCUUGACGGGAUUCGAACCUAAAUCGAUGAGGGGCAAGAAAUUUUAUAUGUAGCUUUUAUAAUUUGCACAUAUAUUUGUAAAUCUUUACUCAUUUUCAUAUAUAAAUGUAUGUCCACAGACAUCCCGGUACAGAUUGUUAUCUUUCACCUGUUCUGUUUAUUUGUAUCACAGUCAACGUACACGUGCCGUAUAUAAUAUAUUCUUGUUUACAUGCCUUAGAAACGAAAAAAUGUUUACUUAUCUAAAAGGGGAAAACAUUUUGAUACAUUAAUUUAAAAAAAGGUUUUAAAGCAUGUUAGAUUAUUGUGACCUGAAGAAGGUAGUUGUGAACAAAAGUAGCAAUAUUCAACAAUGCAGUAUUUUGAAUUCGCUAUAAUUGUAUACUAAUUGCCGAAAAGCAACAGAACAAAAAAUGGUUCAGAUUAUUGGCCAAUGAGUUUCUUUUUGGAAAAUAUUUAAGUAAACAGAAAAAAGAAAGGUUCGAUAAAAACAUUUCAAAAGCACUUUGGGCCUUUCAGAUGACAUAUUAGUACUGUUGCCUAGGCUAUGUGAAGUAUGUACUCAACGGCAUAAGAAACACUAUAUAUAUGUUUAGUUUUUGAUAUCUUAUUGAUAUUUUAAGCAAUACAUUGUAUUAUGAAAUAGAUAUUUUAUUUAUUCACACGGUAUUGAGUAAAAUGCCUUAUAUUUUACUAAAUAAUUUACGAAUUAUCUUAACUGUGACACUGGACUAGAGCACUCUUAGCCGUUUUUUGCACGAAAUUCAGGUGCUUUAAUAAUAAUGAAGUUGAAUAAAUUUUACAUACUAUGCAAAAAUAGAAAAUAUCACAAAUAAAGUUAAAAAAAUAGAACUAACUGAUUAGACUUAAAAACAUACUUAAUACUUACAAUAUGUCAAAUUGUAUAUAUUGUAUUUUGUUUUAAGUGCAUUUUUUUAUCAAUUUUGAUAUUUUAAUUAUCUCUAUUAUGUUUUAAAUGAUUUUAUUCAUAUAAAUUUUUUUGGGGGAAUUAAAGAGAGGUCUGGGGUUGGGGUUUCUGACCUGGCUACUGGCCGUACACCUGUCAAUCGUACUAACAAAUUUUGCCACUAUUUAUGAAUUGGUAAUUUUAUUUUAUACAACAUUCAAUAUGUACAUCCUAUCUGUCAAAAAUGAGCAAAAGAUCUAAAAAAUUUACUGUCCGGACCUCCAUCAAAUAUUCAUCCAUUAAAAGAACACCAAAAAAAACAACAACAACAAACAGUCCUUCACGUCCAGGAAUCUUGUAGGAGUCGCUUUAAAAAUAACGGAAAAUAAUAAAUACAAUGUAAUACCGUGUACGCUGAAAAUAGCAAUUUUCGGUUUCGUUAAACACAUCACUGAUAAGACACGUCACUGAUAAGACAUUGCAGACAUGUGGUUGUUAAAACAAUGAAUAAUUUAUACUAUUUUUAGAAGUUAUGUCCAUGACGUGUGGAAUGUUGCAGAGUUUCUAAAAGUAUUUUGAUGUGUAUGGCGUGCGGAAUUUUGAAUAUUUUGAUGUGUAUGGCGUGCGGAAUUUUGAAUAUUUUGAUGUGUAUGGCGUGCGGAAUUUUGAAUAUUUUGAUGUGUAUGGCGUGCGGAACGUUGCAAAAUUUCGAAAAAAAAUUUUUUUAUAUAAUAUAUAAAUAUUAUAUUUAUAUUCUAAGUGCUUAUCAUAUAAAUAUUAAUGUUUUACAACAUAAAUAUUUUACCAUAUAAAUAUUUAUGUUGUAAAACAUUAAUAUUUAUGCCGUAAAAUUAAGCAUGUAUAUUAUAUAAAAUCAUUUUUUGUUCUAUAUUUUAUUUACAUUUGAAACGCAUAAAUUUUUAUGAUAAAAAAUUAUGUGGUAUAAAACGCAAAGUGAAAAAAAUAUGUUCAAUAAUGACAUUGUAACAUUUGCUUUGUGUUCUGCGAAAUUUUUAUACAUAUAUUGUACGCAUAUUAGAUAUUUAUUGCGAAUAAUUAUUGUUUUCUCUAGGUUAUCUAAAAUAACAAGAAAUAUUACUUUUGUCCGCACUAUAUUUGAUGGCCCCUCGUAUUAACACAAAAUUUGCUUAUUAUUCAAGUGUAAGCUUUUUUCUUUGACAUUCUUGGACAAAUAUCUUAUAUUUCAGGAUAUUUUGAACAUAUUUUGUAAAUGCAUUUUAGACUGUGUAUUAAUAUCAGCUAUAUUAUAAACAAAUACAUAUUGCGCAUGCUCAUUAACACGUGUUUAUCCAGUAUUUUUAGGUGAAUAAAUUUACAUCUUGAGUA